AUGCCUGGAGUCAGAGAUCAUGAGACUUGUCUAAAAGCGGCCAAACUACUGGUGGAUCUAUGCUCCAGUGGGAUCGUGGAAGACGAGGACUGCCUGGAUUUCAUUUACUAUGUGAGGGACCAAAACAGACCUCGCCUGCCAGACUCAGAUGUUUCGGUGAGUCUGCUGUCUCUUCUGGUCACAGCCUGUGGACUUGCUCUUUUUGGUGUGUCUCUUUUUGUCUCCUGGAAACUUUGCUGGGUUCCGUGGCGGGAGCAUGGCUUUAAAGGAUUUAAAGAACACGAUCACCUGAAUUACACAGAUAGCGACACUAAUGAUCAAGACUAUAGCGACAACUAUCUGGGACAGCCGUCACUUUUUCCAGAGUCCUCAAUGAAGAUCAGCCACACCUCACCUGAUAUUCCAUUGGAAGCCAAUACUGGACCUAAACAAAACUGUGUCCACAAUGUGCGAAUGCACCGCCAAAUCACUGAGCCAACGUCUUCUGCCAGACACAAUUCCAUUCGAAGACAGCUGAAUCUUUCAAACCCGGAUUUUAACAUUCAACAGUAUCAAAAGCAGGAACAAUUAACUGGAAUUGGACGUAUAAAGCCUGAACUAUAUAAGCAAAGGUCUGUGGAAACUGACGAUGGCCGAAGGAGUAACAGCAAAUCUUGUGGGAAGAUUAAUUUUAUCAUUAAAUAUGAUUGUGACCUAGAAAAACUUAUAGUUAAAAUACACAAAGCAGUUAGUCUGCCCGCAAAGGAUUUCUCUGGAACAUCAGACCCUUAUGUGAAGAUUUAUUUACUUCCAGAUAGAAAAACUAAACACCAGACUAAAGUACAUAGAAAAACACUCAAUCCUGUGUUUGAUGAAGUUUUUUUAUUCCCUGUUCCUUAUAAUGAGUUGGCCACAAGGAAACUCCAUUUUUCUGUGUACGACUUUGACCGAUUCUCAAGACAUGAUUUAAUCGGACAGGUCAUAGUAGAUAAUUUUUUAGACUUGGCAGAUUUUCCAAGGGAAAGUAAUAUUUGGAGGGAUAUUGAACACGUCACUAAUGAUAAUGUUGAUCUUGGUGACUUGAUGUUUUCACUUUGCUACCUUCCUACUGCGGGAAGACUUACGAUUACUAUAAUAAAGGCGAGAAACUUGAAGGCGAUGGAUAUAACUGGAGCAUCCGAUCCCUAUGUGAAAGUCUCAAUAAUGUGUGAUGGUAGAAGACUGAAGAAGAGGAAAACAUCCACAAAGAGGAAUACCUUAAAUCCAGUUUAUAAUGAAGCCAUAGUGUUUGAUGUCCCUCCAGAAAAUAUUGAUCAAAUCAGUUUAUUGAUAGCUGUGAUGGACUAUGACCGUGUAGGUCAUAAUGAGGUUAUCGGUGUUUGUCAAGUUGGGAACGAUGCAGAGAGUUUAGGCCGGGAACACUGGAAUGAAAUGUUAUCAUAUCCAAGAAAGCCUAUCGCCCACUGGCACCCACUUACUGAGUGGUCAUCUCAGACUGCACCAGCUACAAACAACGGUUCAUGCAAUUCCCUGAAAGGACCUCCUUCUCCUUGAAGAAAGAAUAG